AUAACACUAAGUGGUGAUGAGUUUUCCGCACAGCCUCUGCAAAUGCUGAUUACAAACGUCACAGUGGUGAAGUUCUUGAUUAAACUCCAUCCCGCAAAGAAGGCACUUCUUGUCUGCGUAACCAGGUGCUUCAUCGCCUGUAAGAAACUUGAGUGGGUGUUCAGGGUGAGAAGUGUGAUAUUCUUCUAGAGAGAUCUUGGUACAUUUCACAUGGAAGAACAACUCGCACUGAUGGCACUCGUAAUAUUGCUUGAAUUCAAGAACUUCAGAGCUGCACACUUUGCAGUUUCUUGUACUUUGAGACAACUCAGACCCCACUCCAUUAGAGAGUACAAGCUGAUGCUCAUGCGUGUCGGUGUUUUCGAGAGUAAGGGGUGGUGAUGGUCUCCACGCACAACCCAAAUCCAACUUGAAAUCGCAUAUGGAACAGAAGUAACCAGUGUCAAACCAAACUUGACACAGACUACAAAUGGAUGAUUGGAAUUUUCGGACAAGCUUGAGAGGAUGAUCAGGAUGGGAAGAGUGGUUGAUGUCUGGCAAGGACUCGGCACACUCUUUAUAAAACAAAGUGUCGCACCCCAACUCAUUGCAACGAUAGCCUCCAUAUAUGUAACCAUGAGACCAGCAACCUUUACAUCGACCAUGGGAAAAUCGAGUGAGAGGUAACAAAGGAUGGUUGUGAACUGGUAAAUCUACUUUUUCCAUGCUGAGUUUUGAACUUUCAAGAUCUUCUCUUGGAGACUAGUUUAUCAAAAAAAGUCUUCGUAGAACUAUUUCCCUAGAAUUUUAAGCAAAUAAUAAUAAUAAUAAACUACUCUUUCCUAGAAAAUAGAUAUGGUGUUUCAACGACCUUUAUAGACGACAGCUAAGAAUUCAUUUUAUUCUCACUUUAAAGUUUUGUAUGGUGCCAGUCCAUAUCUUUGUUGUCCUGUCACCAACCGACACUAGCUAAAGAAAAUAUGUAUUACAAAAUAUUAAGUCAUAGGAGUGGACACAGAAUAGAUAUCUGAAAUUUUAAAGAUAUAAAAGGUUUUGACCCGACUUUAAAAGGACAUUUAUAUUUUUUGUUUUACAAUUUUUUAAAAAUUUUAAGUUUAUAUUUAUUUUUAGUCAUAUUUGUGUUUUUUGUAUAAUAUUUUUCUUAAACAAUUAAUAAAAAACUUUAAUGAUUGUAUUAAAAUAAUUGGACUACAUGUUCUUGUUUUAAUAGAAUAGAUGUGAUCCGUUUCGCUCUGUACGCAUAAUCGAUCUGUCAAACUGUUAUUCCUUUGGUUUGAUGUAAUAAACACUUAUACACUCUGUAAUGAACAUAGUUUUAUCAGAUAAUAUAGUCCACAAACACAAUCAGAUGUCACUAUGAGGACUUGCCAAGCUAUUAUUUAACAGGAAACGUAUCAAAUGUCACUGAUUCACUAAAAAAUCACCCGAUAUCCUCUUCUAUGGCAUCCCCAUUCUAUAUAUAAUAGUCUUUAAGACCGUGAAAUAAAAUAUGUGUCUAGACCAACGUAACAAUAUGCAUAUUAGUUCCAUCUUCUCGCAGGUUCAUUGGUGUUUUAAGAACGAAAAUUUCUCAUCCUUUGCUUUAAAUUGAGACCAGCGUAGAGCCACUGAGCCACCAAUAUUCCAGCGAGACGCUAUUUGAUAUUGUAUGACUUUUCAUUGCAUACAUAAUGUAUUCAUCAAAACAUAAUACAACAUCCUCUAGAACUAUGAUACAUUCGAAGCUUUCUUACAUUUCGAAACAAAUCAAAACAUCAACUUCGUCCUUGGGAAGCUUAAUAAUGAAAGUGUGGUAUGCUUCUGAACUAUUCUCAUCGAUACAACCGAGACUGAUGAGUGAUGACCAACUCGCAUUGAUGACUUUUAUAAAAAUGUUUCCAGCUUUUAUGGGGAUGGCCACACCCUUUGCAGUCUCUAACUAACUAUAAAACAAACUAACUAUACGAAGGGUUAAGUACAAACAGAAAGCGAAACUAGAUAAUAGGAGCAAAACACCCAAUUAAUAAGAACCGCCGAAGAAGUAAGGAUAGGAUAGAAGCGCAUCGGGGAGAGGUCUUUUUUUAUAUCUAGUUUUUGUCUCAGUAAAAGGAAAUUACGAAAAGGAACUAAGAAAAAAAGAUAAAAUAAAUUCUAAUAGCAAAAAGAGAUGUACGCUGCAUUGGAGGGUUUCCACAAAAUACAAAUAUUAUAGAGUUUAUAGGAUUAGGAUUGGGAAGUUUACGUGAUUUAAGAUUCAGUAGAAUUUAAUUGAAUUUAAAGAAUUUUUAUGGGAGUUUAAAACAAAAAUAAAAAUAGAUUUCGUAGGGUAUCUUUAAAAUAUUUCAAAAUAUAAUUAUUUUAAAAAAAUAUUGAAGCUAAAAGAGAAAAUUUAACAGAUAUUGCACCCAUUAACCCAAAAAUUAACAAAUUCACCAACUAACAAAAAUCACAUUUUCUCUCCUCUUUUUCUUCCUAUCUCUCUCUAUCUUCCCUCUAAAAAUCUAAUUUUGAUUUUUUGUUAUUCUAGAAAUAACCUCAAAAUUUAAUAUAUUUAUAACUUUUGUUUUUGUAUUUAUCUUAGUUGACUCGAUAUAAUAUUUUAGUGAUAUAUUUGGCGAGAAAGCAGGAAGAGGAUCCAAUGAUUUCUCAAGGAGACUCAUUAUUUUCGAAGACUAAGGACGAUCAAUCAAAUCCAGAAGCUUCUAUCUACUAGCUGUAGAGACGAUGAUGAUUAGCUCUUCUUCUAUGCGUGUCGCGGCUGCUUUCCUCCUUGUCCUCCUCUUCCUCGUCGACGUUGUUUGCAGCGAGGAGUGCACAAGAACAUGCAUUGCGCAGAAUUGUGACACACUUUCUAUUCGGUACGGGAAGUAUUGUGGGAUUGGACACUCUGGAUGUCCUGGUGAGGAACCUUGUGAUGAUCUUGAUGCUUGUUGUAUGGUCCAUGACAACUGCGUUGAGGUGAAUGGUAUGACUAACAUAAGCUGCCAUAAGAAGUUCAAGCAAUGCCUAAACAGGCUUAGCAAAUCGAUAAAGCAAUCGAAAAACAAAAAGGUUGGUUUUUCCAAACAAUGCCCUUACUCACAAGUCAUACCAACUAUGAAUCAAGGAAUGGAUAUCGGCAUCAUGUUCAGUCAACUAGGCAAUGAUCUCAGAACCGAGCUCUGAGUUUUGCUGCGCAUUUACUCUUGGCCUAAGAGGAGGCCAUCACAUUGAGACUUGGUAGUUUUAGAAGAUUCUUUGGUAGUGAUGAUGAUUAAUUGUAUUACUAUUGCCAUUGCAAAUCGCUGCUAGAUUAGCUUAAUUCAAACACCUUUGGAUGAUUUAUGACACAUUUUAUUCUUGGAAACUAUAAGCAGCUGAUGUGACUUGCUAGUAUUGAUCAGAAAAGUCUUUUCUAUUCUUAAGGUCAAUAAAUGAAUUACGAUCAUGAUACAUUGAUACUGUAAUUGUGCCUUCUAACACUGGCUACAAUGAUUAUGUUGUAUCCAUAUUGGUUAUCUAUUUCUAAGUUGAUGUUAUUUAAGAAAUAUUCCUAAAUAUAAAGAUGUUUAGGUAGAACACACACAUAUUAAAAAAACUACUUUUAGUCUAGAAAAUAUUAUUAAAACUAUAAAUUAAUGGUAUUCAACCAAUUACAAAAUACUCACUCUAGUCCGGAAAGAAAGAUUUUUUUAGAGUAUCCAUGUAUAUUAAGAAAAAAAUUAAUUUUUUACAAUUGAAUUUAUUAUUUAUUAUACUAUACAUUUUUCAAUAAAUAUCAACCAAUUCAAAUAUUUUCAAUUAAUAUUUCUUAAAAGUAUUCAAUUUUCAACAUUAACUACUAAAAGUACCUUAAAAUUUUAGAAAAUCUAUCAUUUUGGAACAAAAAAUAAAUAUAGAAAAUCCUAUUUCCGGGAACAGAAGGAGUAAACUAUUAAAAUAUGAUUGGGUACACAUUUUACUUUAUACCUA